CGACGUCCCACUUCUGGCGGUAUCACGCUUCUCGCCAACUACUGUUUGAUGCCACUUGUCCUUCUGUUCUCAAUCAUUCUCUGGGGGAGCCAUCAUUUCACUGUUUGACCCUACUGCUCGAUCCCGUUCAGACCUUUCCAGAUGCUAACUCAGCCCAUUUCACCGCCACUAUGAAGUGACGGCACUCCACUCCCUAAAGUUACUUGUGUCGAGGCUUCAAAAAUGGCAAGCUACGGUUUUCAAUAUGAUAGUCCCCAUGAUCAGCCGUAUCAAAUGAAACACGGCCCCGGAUUUCCCAACCCUCAACCCAAGCCGCAACCUCCGAUGCACCCACACCCACCAGAGUAUCUGCAGUAUGGUGUAGAUCCGAACGCUGAGCAUGUCGAUGCCAACGCACAACAGGCGCCCUACCUUGGACAGGCUGCGGGACAUAUACCUCAACAGCAAGAUGCCAUGAAUGGCCUGGCAGCACAAAUGGCAGGGAUUGACAUGGCGGCUGCGCCCGCACGAUCUCAUCGCAAGAAGGAGAGGCAUGCAUAUCAUGACAUAGGGUCAGCACCAGCGACGGUCCCUGGGGGCGCUGCGGCACCUGCGGAGUCAUUUGGAGGACCACAGUUUCCAGGUGUAGGGUCACAAGGUGGACCAGGGGCGAUGGCGGGACAACCGACAGGAAAUGCGUUUGUGAACUCGGCGGAUAAACUGCGCAUGGGUGAGGAGGCUGUGGCCACACAAGGGCGUGUCAAUCCGGAGCAAAUCCCAAGCGUGGCAAGGUCAAGAGAUGUUGCGACACAGUACUACCAGCUUAAUGUCUAUCCAACUAUGGAGAAGCAUCUUCCGCCUCCCGCGGCUAUUCCCUUCGUGGCCCACGAUCAGGGCAAUUCGUCACCCAAGUUUGCGCGGUUGACGGUCAACAACAUACCUUCCACGGCCGAAGCUCUUGCAUCAACAGGACUACCCCUGGGGCUUAUCCUGCAGCCGUUCGCCUCACUCCAAGAAGGCGAACAGCCUAUUCCUGUGCUAGACUUUGGCGAAAUCGGCCCUCCUCGAUGCCGGAGAUGCAGGACAUAUAUUAACCCCUUUAUGACCUUCAGGUCUGGUGGCAAUAAGCUGGUGUGCAAUAUGUGCAGCUUCCCAAAUGAUGUGGCACCCGAGUACUUUGCACCCACAGACACGGCCGGCGUCAGGGUCGAUCGCCUACAGCGCCCAGAACUGAUGAUGGGUACUGUGGAAUUCUUGGUGCCAAAAGAGUACUAUACGAAAGAACCAGUUCCUAUGCGGUGGUUAUUCAUGAUCGAUAUCACCCAAGAAGCUAUUAAUAGGGGGUUUCUCGAUGCCGUCUGUCAGGGCAUUUUUGACGCGCUUUAUGGACGCGAAGGUGAGAUGUCUUCGGAUGAGAGUGCAGCAUUCGUUGGACUGCCAGUAGGGGCUAAGAUUGGCAUUGUCACAUACGACAAGGAGGUGCAAUUCUACAAUCUUGCACCUGGCCUAGACACUGCUCAAAUGAUGGUGGUGACGGAUCUCGAAGAUCCGUUUGUGCCCUUGGCGGACGGAUUGUUUGUCGAUCCUCAAGAAUCCAAGGAUGUGAUUACGGCACUCCUUAAAGCCAUUCCCACCAUGUUCUCCACGAUCAAACACCCCGAGCCGGCUUUACUGCCUGCGCUCAACGCCGCACUGGCCGCGCUUACUGCUACGGGCGGCAAAAUUGUAUGUUCCUUAUCAACAUUGCCCACUUGGGGUCCUGGGCGGUUGCACCUGAGAGACGACGGCAAAGGUCGAGACACAGAUGCGGAACGACGUCUGUUCACAACGGAGCACCCGGGGUGGAAGAAAACCGCUGGGGCAAUGGUGACGGCAGGUAUCGGAGUGGAUUUUUUCCUCGCCGCCGCCGGGGGAGGGUAUAUGGACAUCGCAACAAUAGGACAUAUGUCGAGACUGACCGGUGGUGAGAUGUUCUUUUACCCAAAUUUCGUGGCUCCCCGAGAUUCGCUCAAGCUGCGCCUGGAAAUCCAGCACUCGCUGCGACGAGAGACAGGCUACCAGGCUUUGAUGAAGGUGCGGUGCUCGAACGGCCUGCAGGUUUCUGCUUACUAUGGCUCAUUUCUCCAACACUCCUUCGGAGCGGAUCUUGAGAUCGGGACUGUCGACGCCGACAAAGCCAUUGGUGUCACCUUCACUUACGAUGGCAAACUUGAUGCCAAGCUGGAUGCCCACUUCCAGGCAGCACUCCUUUACACUUCUUCGACCGGUCAAAGGAGGGUCAGAUGCAUCAACGUGGUGGCUGCGGUCAACGAAGGCGCCGCCGACACCAUGCGGACGGUCGAUCAGGAUGCCGUUGUCAAUAUCAUCGCCAAAGAAGCUUCGUCCAAAAUUUCGGAAAAGUCUCUGAAGGACAUUCGCGCCGGUAUCACGGAGAAGACGAUUGAUAUUCUCGCGGGAUACCGAAAGAACUUCUCUGGCUCGCACCCUCCUGGGCAGCUCGUGCUUCCAGAGCACCUGAAGGAGUUCGCCAUCUACACGCUCGGUUUGAUCAAGAGUCGAGCCUUCAAAGGAGGCGUUGAGCCUACCGAUCGCAGGGUCCAUUCUGCUCGAUUGAUGCGAUCUUCGGGCGUGACAGAGACAGCAUUAUAUCUUUACCCACGAAUAUAUGCCCUCCACAAUCUGAAUCUGGAGGACUGUUUCGCCAACGCCGAGACGAUGCAACUAGUGGUCCCGCCAACUCUUCGUGCAUCAUUUGCCAGAGUCGAGGAAGGCGGCGUGUAUCUGGUGGACGAUGGACAGAUUGUGCUAAUCUGGCUUCAUGCACAAGUGUCGCCAAACCUGCUGGAGGAUUUGUUCGGGGAAGGUAAAGCCACCCUACAAGACCUCGAUCCCAUGAUGAACGAGUUACCUGUACUGGAGACACACCUGAAUGCCCAAGUGCGGAACCUGUUGCAGUACAUGUCCACGGUCCGUGGCAGCAAAGCAGCCAGCUUCACGCUCGCAAGACAGGGACUGGACGGUUCCGAAUUCGAAUACGCCCGAAUGUUGGUGGAAGACCGGAACAACGAGGCUCAAAGUUACGUUGACUGGCUCGUCCAUGUGCACCGGGCGAUCCAGAUGGAGCUGAGCGGGCAAAGAAAGAAAGAAGACACGGGAGAUCAUGAGGGCAUUUUGAGUAACUUGACGGGACUGAAGGCACCGUACUGGACGUGAGGAAUUGUCGUUUGAUUCUGAUGUGAACCAUGUCGAGAUGCCCGGGAAGUUGGGACGAGACCAUUCAGCGACCAGUAAUGUUGUAUUUUAGCAAAGAAAUCCAUUCGCCCCUUGACAUAGCAGAAAGGGUGUUCCACGAAGUGGGCAGAGAGCCUAUCUCGACUGAUUGUUACCAAGCGGGCGACCUAACACUAAUGGAUGCUUGCGGUGGGUGAUUUGUACCUAGGUGUGUAUGUUAUGGACGCAAUUAGCUCUCAGAAGGGAAGAUGGCCGCACACCGCUUCAUGACUCGCGGUCGAGUUUGAUCCUUCC